AUGAUCGUAUGGGUUCAUCUCCCCGAGCUGAAAAUCCACUUUUACCACAAGGAGGUGUUGACGACGUUGGGUAACUUGAUCGGACGCACGAUCAAACUCGACUAUCUCACCCUCACCCAACAGAGGGCGAAAUUUGCACGGCUGGCAGUGGAAGUUGACCUUUCUAGGCCUCUCGUUCCAAGAAUUUGGCUGGACGAUGACUGGCAGCCAGUUGAAUACGAAAAUCUACCAGUUGUGUGCUUUGAGUGCGGAAAAAUUGGCCAUUCGUCGACAUCCUGCCCCCUGCUCCGACCUGCUUCUGUCCCGACGGUUGCUGGUAUCCCUGCCGACGGCUCCCAAGCUUCGCCGGAGGUUUCUCCGGAGGCUAACGCGGGCUUCGGCCCGUGGAUGCUAGUCACGCGUAAAGGUCGGCGGAAUCAGAGCGAGUCGAACAAUAAAGGAAAGGAGAGAGUUUCGGGGAACCCCAUUAAAGCCAAGGAGAAGGACCUGGGGAAUUCCCACCAUGAGAACGCGGAAAAAAAUGGAAAGGGUGCUCUGAAAAUCAGGGAUUCGGAAGCUUCCUUAUCGGUGGUGACGCAGCAGCCCUCGGCUCUCCUACAACGGUCUUCGGCCCAGAAUAGGAAAGACAAUGGGGGAAAGCGGUAUGGGGAAGAGAGAAGGAAUGGCAAGGAGGUUAUGAAUGAGGACGGGCCGCCCGUUGGAAGAGGCUUGCUGGGCCCUGGCCCAUCUAAGGGAUCUGCCACCAAGAAGGAUCAGCCCAAAUCGGAGGGCCUCUUGGCCUCGUCAUCCAGUACAAAGCAUCCGACACACCCCAUGUUACUUAGCAGGCCGAACGGGGAAUCUUCAUCUGGGCCCAGCGGGCAAGACAGCCCAAAGGCUCUGCUCCUCUCCCCUCCACCCACGCUGGUUUCCACAGGGCCGAACGGGACGGUUUUGCAAGUGAUCCAAGUUCCAUCCCAAAACGAGGAGCAGCAGCGCCGAGCUGACCAAUCCUCGCCGUCAACGGCCAACCGAACAAAAGGAAAGAAGAACUCCAAGGGGCGUUCGAAGAAGGGAUCGCCAGCGAAGCUGAAUCCGGUCCGCCCACUCCAGAUAUGGUCUCCGAUGAAAGAUAGGAAAGCCAAAUCGAAAUCGAGGAUGGCAUCUCUCACCCUUUAG